CAAAAGAAUUCGACAGUUAAAACAGUCAAGGGGACGUUUAGAAAUUUCAUCCCUCCAACCUCCAUUUCCCCCGCCAUCCAAAUCGGCUUUUGCUUUGCUUUGUUUCACUCUCUCUCUCUCUCUCUCUGCUGCAUUAACGGAAGAAAAGGCCUUGAACUUCGUACAUGUUUUGCCUUUCAACGCUCCGUAGAUACGAUGACAUUUUGGUCUCCCACGCUGCAAUCCGUUUCCCAAACUUUUUCUCCUGAUUGAUUCAUAUCCCCAUCUCAACGGUUACUUUCCCCUGCAUUAACGGCUAGUUUUCACGGAAAUGGAUUUAUCUUCCUUCCUGACGUCUCUGGGCACCUCGUUCGCGAUCUUCGUGGUGCUGAUGUUGCUGUUCACAUGGCUGUCCAGAAUGCCCGGCAACAACGUUGUUUACUGCCCGAAUCGGAUCCUCCAUGGCAUGGAUCCGUGGGACGGCGGAUCCAGGACCCGGAACCCGUUUUCCUGGAUCAAAGAGGCACUUUCCUCCUCCGAGCGCGACGUUAUUGCCAUGUCUGGCGUCGAUUCUGCUGUCUAUUUCGUCUUCCUCUCCACUGUGUUUGGAAUACUGGUUUUAUCUGGGGUUGUGUUGCUACCACUUCUUCUUCCACUGGCUGCCACUGACAAGAGUGUGAAGUCUGACGAUAGCACGAGCAAGGGAGCUUUCAACGACCUUGACAAGCUAUCAAUGGGACAAGUUAAACAAAACAGUUUGAGGCUGUGGGCUUUCCUGAUAGCCACCUACUGGGUUUCUUUUGUUGCAUAUUACCUGUUAUGGAAGGCAUAUAAUCAUGUCUCAAGUGUCAGAGCUUCUGCUUUAAUGUCUCCCAAAAUGAGAGCUGAACAAUUUGUUGUUCUUGUAAGAGACAUUCCUCCUCCACCCAAAGGUGAAACUAUAAAGGAACAGGUUGAUUCAUACUUCAACACAAUAUAUCCAGAUACGUAUUACAGAUCAAUGGUGGUUACAAACAACAAAGAGGUGAACAAAAUUUGGGACGAGUUAGAAGGAUUCAAAAAGAAGCUUGCACGUGCUGAAGAAAUAUCUGCAGGGUCCAAGAGAACAGGCAAUCCUGAAGGGAAUAUACCCGCACACAGAAAAGGCUUUCUUGGUCUUGUCGGUGAAAAAGUAGAUUCAACAGAACACUACAAUGAAAAAAUUAAUGAACUGAUCCCAAAACUAGAAGCUGCACGAAAGGUCACUCUCAGAAAGAAACAGCAGGGUUCGGCUUUAGUCUUCUUCACCAGCAGGGUAGCUGCUGCUUCUGCAGCUCAGAGUCUACAUGCCCGAAUGGUUGACACAUGGACAGUAAUGGAAGCUCCCGAGCCCCGCCAAUUGAUAUGGGAUAAUCUUCCGAAACGUUUUUAUGAGAGGCAGAUAAGACAGGGUAUUGUUUAUGCUAUUGUUGCUUUGACCAUAUUCUUUUACAUGAUCCCAAUUGGAUUCAUCUCUGCGUUUACAACGAUGGACAAUCUGCAGAAACUUCUCCCGUUUUUGAAGCCAGUUGUUAAAUUGAAAGCAAUUAAGACGGUGCUAGAAGCAUACUUACCUCAGAUUGUCCUGAUCAUAUUUCUGGCUUUGCUGCCAAAGUUCCUUUUAUUUCUAUCUAAGGCUGAGGGAAUUCCUUCUGAGAGUCAUGCAGUGAGGGCUGCCUCGGGAAAAUACUUUUAUUUCAUCGUGUUGAAUGUUUUCAUUGGAGUUACGGUUAGUGGAACUCUUUUUGAUUCCCUGAAGAGCAUUGAGGAGAAUCCAAACUCUAUAGUUUCAUUACUAGCAAAAAGCCUUCCAGCUAAUGCAACUUUCUUCCUUACCUAUGUUGCCCUCAAGUUCUUUGUCGGCUAUGGGUUGGAACUGUCUCGAUUAGUUCCUUUAAUCAUUUACCAUUUAAAGAGGAAGUAUAUUUGCAAGACAGAGGCUGAUCGGAAAGAAGCUUGGGCUCCAGGAGAUCUUGGAUAUGCAACUAGGAUACCCAGUGAUAUGCUGAUCAUCACAAUAGUUUUCUGUUACUCUGUUAUAGCUCCUAUCAUUAUUCCAUUUGGUGCCCUAUACUUUGGCCUUGGUUGGCUUGUUCUUCGCAAUCAGGUACUCAAAGUUUAUGUUCCUUCCUAUGAGAGCUACGGGAGGAUGUGGCCUCACAUAAAUUCGCUCGUGGUGGCUGCUUUGCUCUUAUUCCAAGUUACCACAAUUGGUUACUUUGGAAUAAAAGAGUUCUCCUACGCUCCUUUCCAUCCACUACCAAUACUGUCCUUGCUCUUUGCCUACGUUUGUAGGAAGAAAUUCUACCAUUUCUUUCAGGCCCCGGCUCUUGAUGUUGCUAGCCUGGAACUGAAUGAAAUACAGAGCAUGGAACUGGUUUUCAAGUCUUUCAUUCCGCCAAGCUUGAGAACUGACAGGGUAGAAGAAGACCAAUUCGAAGAUGCUUUGUCUCAUCAUUCAAGGAAUGCGUCUAUGCAUUCAAUGCAUUCAAGGACAGGUUCGCUCGCUUGACACACAUCCACGUGUACUUCCACAGGCUCUGUGGUUAGUGUUCCCAGUAUGACUUGCAAUUGAAACGCAAAGUUAAGAGCUAGGAGUGAGCUAAAGCUACUAACAGCCUCGAGCAUGGACGAAUACUGGAAGAUAGGAUAUAUAGGCUUAGGAGUGCUCUUGUUAAUUAGGGUUAGUUGACUAAUUCCUCUCCUCAUCCCAGAUGUGCAGUAUAACGUCAAAAUGUAAGAGAUCUGAAGAUGUGAAAUCUCUUGGAAGGCUCUUGAAGCUGCUCUCCAUUCUAUAUAUAUCAUCUUAAGCUUGUUGCCUAAACAUGAUUGUCACAUCUUUACAUACAACCUAUAAUUGGGAAAAUUGUACAGAUAUUUAAUAAAUUGCAAAAGUUUCUCAGAAUUACCUUUUUCUA